GAAGCUCACCGCUGCACAGUGUCUGGUCCUGUCGUUAGCGAAAUGGCACUACUCUACAAAUCAGCAGCAACGCUGCUCAGACCGUCAAAGCUGGCGCCUUUGACAGCAACACUAACGCGACAGUAUUCAGCCAGCCAGUACCAGUACAUCCUGGUAGAGAAGCGCGGUGAGAAGCAGAAUGUGGGCUUCAUCCAGCUGAACCGGCCCAAGGCUCUGAACGCGCUGUGCGACGGCCUGAUGCUCGAGGUGGGGCAGGCGCUGGAUACCUUCGAGGCCGACACGCAGGUGGGCGCCAUCGUCAUCACGGGCAGCGAGCGAGCCUUUGCAGCGGGUGCUGACAUCAAGGAGAUGCAGAACCGCACGUUUCAGGAGUGCUACGGGGGAAACUUUCUGGCCCACUGGAACAAGGUGUCUCUGGUCAAAAAGCCCGUCAUAGCAGCAGUCAACGGAUUUGCACUAGGCGGUGGCUGUGAGUUUGCCAUGAUGUGUGACAUCAUAUACGCAGGGGAGAAGGCCCAGUUUGGGCAACCAGAGAUUCUACUGGGGACCAUCCCAGGUGCAGGAGGCACGCAGAGGCUGACACGAGCCGUGGGGAAGUCCCUCGCCAUGGAGAUGGUUCUGACCGGAGACCGCAUCACAGCCCAGGACGCCAAGCAGGCAGGUCUCGUGAGUAAAGUGUUCCCCGCGGACCAGCUCGUCUCCGAGGCCAUCAAGACCGGGGAGAAGAUCGCUUGCAACUCCAAGCUGGUGUCUGCGAUGGCCAAGGAGGCCAUCAACGCAGCGUACGAGUUGACGUUGGCUGAGGGGAACCGUCUGGAGAAGAGGCUGUUCCACGCCACCUUCGCCACGGAGGACCGAAAAGAAGGGAUGACUGCAUUUGUUGAAAAGAGAAAAGCGGACUUCCAAGACAACUAAAAGAAGUCGGGUGGUUGGACUGUUUUAGAAUAAAAGAUUUCUGGUAUUUAGUUCUUGCUGGAUGCUGGAUCGCGUGAUGCCUUACUGUUGCUUUCGGCCUGACUAAUGAGUGGGCCAGACCGGACAUGCUUUCAGAGUCUCUGUGACACACCACUGAUGUGAAAACACACACACACACACACACACACACACACAUACAUACACACUCCUAUGCACACUCACACCCAUACACACACACACACACACACACACACACACACACUUGUGAUCAACACUGUUGUCUUUGCCUACAUUCUCCACUCUAUCAUGUUUUUGAUAUAUUUUCCCUAAGAGACAUUUUUGUCUCAAGUGUUUGCCGAAUAAAAUGUAGAUUGUGUUACA